UUCCCGGCCUUGGACCUUUGUAUGCGGGUGGUUGGAUCGGGUCAACUCGACCCGCGUCUGGCACUUUGUAAUGCAGGACGUUCUUCAUUACGGUUUCCUCUCUCUCUCUCUCUCCCUUAUCCCGAAAGUUCCGUCGGUGACGAAGCUCUGCUUCGACUCUCAUUCCUUCGCCGUCCGGUCACAGGUCAUUCCAUCAAUUUGCUUAGGAUGUCUUCACUGAUUGCUAGUACCAUCACUACCCCAGCAACAAUACCAUCAGGUACAGUGAGAUUGGAGAGUCGGCACUGGAGACAGACCAAGGUCAGUUAUUCUUCUCCAUCAGGGCUUGGACCGCUUGGCUUUCAGUUGCUGCCCUUAGACAAAAGAAGACACAUUACCGAUGCCAUCCAAGUGAGGUCCACUUCUACAAUAUGUGCUGCUGCUUUGAAUGCAACAUGCGCUGCAGAGCAAACCCAAACUGUUACACGACAGUCGUCAACCAUUACUGUUGCUCCCGUUCAAGGCAAGGAAAAAUCACCAGAGCUGGACGAUGGAGGAAGUGGAUUCCCACCCCGUGAUGACGAUGACGGUGGCGGCGGUGGAGGGGGUGGUGGAGGUGGGUGGACUGGUGGGUUCUUCUUUUUUGGAUUUCUUGCCUUUCUUGGCUUCUUAAAGGAUCAGGAAAGCGAGGGGCCUUACAGGGAUAGCAGGAGAAGAAAUUACUAGCUUAUCUGAAUUCUUUCUUUCCCCCAAAUUAUUGCCAGAAGUUUCUGUGUGCGUUAUUCUUUUAGUGAGUAAUGAGAUAAACUGGUGGUAAUAUGCCCAAAUGUGGAUGACAAGCUGCUCAUCGUAACUAACUAUAUCUGAGAACUCGUGUGUGUUACGCCAGCAGAAUCUUAAUCUUAUACAUAUAUAUGUAGUAAUAUGAUGCAUGCAUUGAA